GUAUGCUAGGCCUAUUAUGACAGGUCCACCUCCCUCUAAAAUCCUAUGCGAGAGUGAUGCUGCUGUUCACGGCCGCUGUGAUUUGUGUGUAUGAAGAUAGUGCGGUGAGCUUAGGGCCUAUGGUAUUAGGUUGCUGUAUGACAACAUACCAAACUGGUGAUCUGUAUUCCCCUAAACAUAAUGUUCGGCAGUAAGAGGAUUUGGAAUGGAAUGAAGUAUGUUAUAUACGCUGAACUGGUGGCGGUGGCAGGUGGUUACUAUGUGUUUCACAAAAUGAACACGAACCAAGAUUUCAGAAAAUAUAUGCACUAUAAUUAUCCAGUUGUAUUAGAAGUUUUCUACAAGACAGCCGAGUAUGGAGGAAUAACAGAUGCACGCAAGAAUGAUUAUGCCCAAUGGGGUCAAAUUACAGAUUCGUCACCAGAAUCGUGACAUUGACGGAAAUUUGUGCAAUGAAGAAGCCGGGACUUAUAUAUCUAUAGAGGUUUUUAUUGUGUUGCGAUUGGUCUCCCUGGAAAAAAAAGGGAACAUGAGCGGUGGAGUUGGAUUCAUUCUCAUUUGUUUCUACUGCAUAUUGGACUGCAUUUCGAUCAAUCAAUUAUUUUAUUCACUCAAAACAUUACAUUACAUUAUACAGAGGGGCAAGCAGAACACUAAAGCAAUGCUUGUCUAAUAAAUGUGUUCCUCCUGCUAGACUUAUCUAUAAUAGUAAAAAAAAAUAAAUAAAUAACUUAACUAUAUUUGUUUAUUUAGUAACAUUUCUUUGUAAAGCUUCUUGAAGUUUGAGGAGCUCUUCGAAUUUGUUACGUUUUAUCAGCUCGAAUUUGUCUAGUUUAGAUGUGACUGAUUUUGUACAGGACGUUUUAUGAUGGCAAUACUGUAAUACAGAAUGUGUUACAGGUGAUAUAAUGAUAAUAAUAUGUGCAUGUUUUUGUUUAUAUGGGAUCCAAUUUAUGUUUAUUUUACUAAACUUUGGUAGCCUCUGCCCAAGUGGAUCAUAAAGUCUUAACCAGUGGUGUCGAGAGCCAGUAAGGGCCCCGGGGCAACACCUCACAUGGGCCCCCCCCCCCCUUCA